AUGGAUCUGCCUCCCUCCGCCCUCUCUACCCUCAUCACGACCUCCGAAUCUCCCAGUCCACUGUCUGCCAGCUCCCUCCAGAUCCUGCACAACCUGCAGCACCAACAUCUCUGGCAAUCGCUGAAAGUCCAUCCCAUCCCCAUCCCCGAUGAUCCAUCUGCGACUCUCUCUUUGCUCUCUGGAAUCCCUCCGCAUCGGAUCUACACCCACCCGGACGAGCAGCUCUACAUGCUACAGCGGGGACUGCGCGAGGAGGACGUAGAGUUGGAACGUCUGUUUGUCCUUCCCACCGUACAGGGCCAGUCGUGGAGUUUGCGCAAGCUCGCCGCCGUGUUUGACUCGCUCCCGGAAGGGACCCGGGCAGAGGAGGAAGAAGCCUUGGAGGAAACGCGGAACGAUAAGACUGCGCAGCUGUCUGAAUACUACGAAUAUCGAAAGAAGGCCCGUCAGACCAAAGAAUGGGGAGGGAAGAGGCUCCUCCUGGCCAUGGUGGAUCGGGGAAUGGGCGGUGAUGGCACUGUGGUCUACUACGUCAUUCAGGAAGGCGCCGUGAAACCCCGACAGAAUUAA